AUGUCUCCCAACUUCGAGAGGCCCGAGUCGCCCCUGGAUGCAGCCAUCCACAACACCCCAUCACUUCCCGUAGAAAUCAUCGACAGCAUCAUCCAAGACGUUCUCAAGCAGAUAUCAGGAAAAGGCAGGACACACACCAGCCCCAUCCUCUCCGCCAUCGCCAGCACAUCGCACAGGUUCCGCAUUCACGCGAACAGACAUCGGUUCAGCACGCUCAGAUGUCCUUCCGUGUUGCACAACAUCACUUUAAAGCAAGCGAACAAAUGGAUGACGAGCCUCACUAGUGUCGUUCGUAGUCAUCAGGCGUUGGUUAAACUUGCUCCGAGUUCAACGAUGAUGGGGAGUAUACUCGACUUUACGACUGACUUUGGCGUGUGGGUAAUACAUACCUCCGACUCGGAGUCGGAGGCCAGCGGUGCCGCUGAUUCAGAAUCAGAAACUUCCGAGUCAGUCCAGUGCGCUAGUGAAGACUGGGCGUUUGUAUUGGACAACCUAUUCCGCGCUCCGAGCUCCCUUCCAUCAUCCUCCACUGCAAACCAGGUAUACCACUUUGAUUUCUUGAUAAAUUACUUCGGAUCCCCGGGGAACGUGUCGUGGAACACGAUCACCCCAGCAGUUCGAGAGUCGUUUCUUCGGCUUUUGCGUUUUUCGAAUAUCAACAAGCUGUCCCUCUGCGGCAUCGACAGUAUACCAACGAGCCUUCUCAGGGGUUCCGGUAUCAAGCAUCUAGCCCUACGCCAGAUUUCUACGGUUCAACCUGAUGCAGACAUCAUUGGCGUAGAUCAGUGCAACGACGCAUGUUUACCGCCCCAAGUUGAAUCCCUGCAAAACAAUGACGGCGAGGCAGGCUGCAAAGCGUCGGGCCCCUUCCCGGUGCCACUAGCACAACUACCCUGCGUCUUAAAGCUCGAGGCAGAAAUGCACGGCGACCAAUCAGUGGAAACUCUCAACGACAUGCUCAAACAGACACCAAAUCUGGUAUCUCUGCGCAUACAAAACCAUCUCCUAGUAUAUCCCGGCAAUGAAGCACCAAUAGUGCGAUAUAGCCACCUCACAAACCUGCGUUCCUUGGUGAUCUGCUGUGAAAGAGCCAACAACAUGGGAUACUUGCCUGUACCCUUAAGGCCUUGCCUCCAAACACCCCCUCCCUCCCUGUCCGAGGUCUACAUUAGAUUCAAAAUGGGCCCAAAGACGUUGGCAUCGCCGGAAAACUACUUGGAUGAGUUUGGUGUAGACCCUGAGCUAGCUGUUCACCUGGCGCAUCCGUGCUUUCGGGGUGUCUCCCGGAUUGUGUUCGACGUUGAGCUUCGGCGUCCGGUACGAUGUGAUCCUAAAGAUCUCGACUACCAUGUACGGUCGUGGAAACUUGGGAUUGAGGAGAAAAUGCGCGCUCUUUUGGAGAAGAGGACCGGGGUGGAUGUUGUUGUUACUACAACGACCUGA